AUGUCGACAUUCAUGGGAAUUGUAGAUGAGUUCCCGGAUAUACGAAUUGAUUAUUUUCGCCAAAGCAAAGAACUCAACGCUAGAGCUCCACUUGCAUGUUUUUUAACUCAUAUCCACAGUGAUCAUAUCCAAGGCCUUGAAAACUUCUAUGGCGGCCCAUUCAUCCACUGUUCAGCAGCGACCAAGGAGCUACUCCUGCGCUUGGAACGUAGAGCUCACAGAUGGAACCUAGCAAAGGGAGUCCUAGAGAGCCGUAGAUGUCAAUAUAUGGAGAAAAAGAAUAAACUAAAAGUAAUACCUAUGGAAACGCCAACGGUGAUAGAAUUGGAUGGUGAGAGGAGUAUACGUGUCACAAUGUUUGACGCAAAUCAUUGCCCGGGAGCUGUGAUGUUUCUUAUUGAAGGUGAUGGCAAGGCCGUUCUCUACACGGGUGAUGUUAGAGCUGAGCCAUGGUGGGUUGAUUACCUGGCUAGGCACCCAUUGCUUAUCCCGUACACCACUGGAAUAAAACGUCUUGAUAAGAUCUAUUUAGACACCACAUUCAUUGGUCAAAAAAUCAAGAGCCAAGUAUUUGCUCCCAAGCGUGAAGGGAUUCGGGAGCUCAUAGAGACAAUUGAAAAGUACCCGUCAGACACAAUAUUUCAUCUCAAUACAUGGACUUUCGGGUACGAAGACGUAUGGGUUGCUCUUGCUGCUGCCUUCAAAACUCAGAUCCAUUUAAGUAAAUAUCACUUCCGAUUAUUCUCGUUUAUUAGUGCUCCUGAAAUUUAUCCCUCAGGACCCUACCUUAGGGGUUAUAAGUUUGGGAAUACAAACGUUAAAGGGUGUCUUACAACAAAUCCGGAAGUCCGAUUCCACUCCUGCGAAAGGAAGUCCGGAUGUGUGGGACUUGAAGGAAAGAAGAAUGUAGUGUGGAUUACACCCGUAAUUGUGAAAAUUGGGGACAUUGAUGUCCAUGAAGCUGGCUCUGGAGAUUUGGAAAAUCAGGAUGACCUAGAGCUGUAUGAAGAUCAAUUACAACUGCUUCUCGAUGCUUUAGGGAAGAACAUAGAUCCCAGCGUAAAAAGUCUUCUACAAAGUGCGAGAAAUACUCGAAAACAAGCACUACCAUUGGCUCUAAAUAAAGGAGAGGAAGGUGAUGACAUAGCUCUUGAAGAAUUGUUGAUCAAGCUCUCCCAAUCGGCUCUAGGCAAAGAAAUCUCUAAACCUGGCUUUAUACCAGAUGCUGAGAUCUGCACCUCUGAUGGAAAAUCUCUCCCAAACAAAAUAACGUUCCCCUAUUCUAGGCACUCAUCAUACUCUGAGUUACGAGGCUUAGUAGCUUUGUUUAGGCCUCGUGAUAUUUACCCCUGUGUGGUGGAUACACAGUCAUGGGAUGAAAGCAAAACAAUGGAAAAUCUCUUUGGCGAUCUUUGCGAAGGAGAAGCGUUUACACAUGAUGAAAUGAUGAAAAGGAUUCUUAACGAGGAACGUCGAAUCCAAGAAGAGUUAGAGGAUGAAAGAAAUAGGCGUGAGCUCCAAAGUCAGGAAAAUCUCGACAGAGCAGAAGCAGAAGGCCCCAUUGAUUCACAGCUCCUUAAAGAACACCUCGAAAGAGUUGCCUCAGUAUAUCGAGAUAAUGACCCGAGUUCAUCUCCACCUCUGCCGAGAACACCACCUUCGAGAAAGCGGCGACAGAGACGGAUAUCCAACCAGGCGCUCAUUGAGGCCGUCCGCCUGGCAGGCUCUUCGACUGCUAGUAGCACCCCUCAAACUUCGCCGGCUGGCGCCAAAAUGGAGGAACGACAAGGAAGAGCUAUUAAAAGGUUCAAGUUAAGUCAAGGCAAGUCUGAGAUCUCAGCAGUAGAUGAGCCAGGAAAAACAGAACAGGCCAGUAAAAAUAAGGAGUUUAUGAUACCAGGUCUUGACUCACGGCGGGGGAGUAUCAACGAAGAAGAAGUCAUUGAGGCCAUGGAGGCAGCGCUUGAAAUUGAUGGAAGAACAUGGUGGGAUGCGGGAUUGACUUGCACGAAUGAAUGGAAGUAUGAGGAAGAAAUUGAGUUAUAG